AUGCUAUCACCGCGUCGCAUGCGGCUCGUCAUCCUGGCAGCCCUGACCCUCCUCGUCCUCCUCUUCUUCUACCGCUCCAGCUCCGUCGACGGCCGCGACACGCGGAACAUUCAAGAUUUCUACCACAAGACCGUCAACGCCAUGGAGGACAAAACCCGGUUCGGCACCGGCAGCAGAGACCCUUCCCGUCCCGGUCUCGUGGCUGCCGACCGCGACCAGGAUGGUGAUGUCGAUCUCGACGACGCGCGCAUCGGCGCCGGAACCCACGACCGCCUCAAGGCCGCAGAGGUCAAGGCCAAGGAGAAGGCCAACGAAAAGGCCGGUCUGCGCCCGGACCCGCCCAGCAACGUCGUCGGCGUGGGGAGCUCUGCCGACGGUCAGGUCAAGAAGGUCGAGAGUGGUGGCAGCGGCUCCUCUUCCGGAUCUGGCAGGAAGGAGGAUGCCGUCACCGAGGAGGAAAGGGAUGCCGAGGCUGAGCUCAACUCUAUCCUCAAGAAGUCUCCGAUCAUCAUCUUCUCCAAGACAUACUGCCCCUACUCGAAGAAAGCCAAGGAGCUCCUCAUCAACAAAUACGCCAUCACCCCGGAGCCCUACGUCGUCGAGCUCAACGAGCACCCCAUGGGCCAGAGCCUCCAGGACACCCUGCAGGAGAAGACCGGUCGGAGGACGGUCCCCAACAUCCUGAUCAACGGCGUGAGCAUCGGUGGAUCCGACGACAUCCAGGCCCUCGACAAGGAAGGCAAGCUCGUCGGGAAGAUUGUCGAUCUGGGAAGCAAGCGCAUCGAAAUGGUCAAGCGGCCUAGUUCUCGUGGUGGCGAUCGGUCCUGA